UUGGCUGCAGACUGUGAGAACCUCCAGCAAACCCAGGACUCACACAUUCAUAUGGAGAUUAGAGAGUAUAAAUAGAGGAGGGAGUGAGAGAGAGCUCAGCACAGCUCAGAUGUUCUCCUCACAGACAGCAACAGAAGAAACACAGCCAUGGCUCCUACAAUCACUGCAUCAAUCAUCAACUCCAACCACCUUAUUCCACUUACUAAUAAGCUGAGAAAGCCGAUAGUGGAGAAGAUGCGUAGAGAACGUAUCAACAGCAGCAUCGAGAAGCUCAAGUCUCUGCUGGGUGGAGAAUUCCUAAAGCAACAGCCAGAUUCCAGACAGGAGAAAGCCGACAUCCUGGAGAUGACACUUUGUUUCCUGAGACAGCAGCAGCAGCCACACAAGGAGUCGAGCUGCUCCACUGUAGCUGAUGAAGGCUACAGCAGGUGUGUGCAGGAGGCCAUCAACUUCCUGUCUCAGUGUCAAGUACACACUCAGUCCCAGAGAAGACUGCUGAGACACUUCCUCACCAUGCAGCCUUCCAUGGAGAAGAGCAGAAGUGUCGUUCCUCAGCUCAGCUCUCCAGCCUGCCAGAUCAGCAGCAAAGAGGAGACUCCAGUCUGCAGUGGUCUCUGGAGACCCUGGUAGAGCCACAUGGACACUUUACCAUUAGGAAACUAGCUUACAAAUGUCACAUUGGCAUUAACUACAAUUUCCUAAAUGUGUAAUUUUACAUGAACAGAAUAUAACAAGUUGCUUUCAGUUUUGGAAAGCAUGUGUAGAUGCUUACAUCACUAUGCAUUUUGGAAACCAAGAAGAAUUUUCUGCAAAGAUUUUCUAAAAUUGUAAUGUAAAGAAAUCCCACGUUGGGUAUAAGGUCUCUGCAUUUGCAGAAUAUUUGAAGUCUCAUUUCAUUCAAUGAAAGCUUUUGCUUCUUCUUUUAAUAUAAUUCUUACUGUGUAAGAAAGCAUCUAUAUGAAAUUCAUACAGGUCAUUAGGGAUUUUAUUUGAACAAUUGAUUGUUCUUUUAUAAUAUAUAGAAGUUAUAUAGAAGCUGUUUUACCAUUUACAGUAAAAUAUCUCUGUAUCCUGUACAUCAGUAAUAACAUAUGU